AUGGCUUUAUGCCAUGGUCAUUGCCCACUGUUCAUGGGAGUGAGUGUGUCGAUCCUUAGUGAGUCUGUCGAUCCUCAUUUGAGCUCGCACCAUGCUGAUCUGACACACUGGGUAAACUUGUGUUUCAAAUGGAUUUACCUUGCCUUCCUCGUGCUGCAGUUUGUGCUAGCUCUUGGUAACAGACCAAAGGGUGAACAGACGGCAUAUGCAAUCACACUAUGGGUCUAUGCCUUCUUGGCUGUUUACCUUCUCGUGUGUUCAUUCUGGCUAACUGGCAAGGCAUUCACUACCAUUCCCAGCCAACUGAAGAAUAAGACGCUUCCAGCAAAUAUUCAACAGGCUGUGUGCAAUGAGAACAUCAAGAUCGAUAACUUCCUGUACAAUAGAUCCUAUUGGUCCAAUGGAUCCUGGUAUUAUCGAUGGACAGCAGAUUAUGCAGUAGAACAGCAGGCGAUAAACAACAACAAUACUUUCACAGUUUGCCCGAAUCAAGUCUCACCUUCAGCAUCCCUCCCCACAUCUACGACGGCCCCUACUGCAGGUGGCUCUGCCAUUGUCACAACUAUUGUCUCUGCAUUCCAUACCAGCUCUGUGAAUACUAAUUCAGCGGCUUCGUCUACUUCACGGACAGCCAUCAUCAUUGGUGCAGUGGGUGGUGCUGCGCUCACCAUAAUUGCAGUGCUCGGUGGUGUUUACUGUUACAGACGAGGUAAACGGCCUCACAUGAUCAAGGAUAUGCCAUCCGUGUUUCUGGGACAAUCAUAUGGUGUCCAGCCUGUCUAUGGAGCGUCCUUCAUGGAUGCCGAAGCAGCCACUCAGAGAUACAGCAGUUUAAGUCCUAUCCGGCGCCAUCAUGAGUCUGGGGAGUCUACUCUCCCAGUGGUACAUUCUUUGAGCCCCGAGCAGGUCCAGUCAUUGAACCCGUCAAUUGGCCCAUCAUAUCUUGGGAAUGAUGAUUUCUCUGAAGUGGUGCCAUACAUUCGAGAAGAUGAUGCCAGCACGUUGAUUCCCCCCCAUGACGCGCCUGCAGAAAGGCUUCCGCCUGCGUAUCAUUCAUCUUGGGUGUCUAUAAAUGUGCGGCAAAGCAACUCAGACCCUGGUGAAGGUAGCUUUGCUUCGUGA